AUGACCUUGUUAGUGGGCGGUUUUGAGUCCCACGUUUUAUUCGACUCUGGAGCAUCGAAUUGCUUCAUUACACCGGAGCGUGCCGAGAAGAGUGGCAUCCGGAGUAGCGCGGGCGAGAGCGCGGGCAUGGUCAAGGUGGCGGGAGGUGGAUUCUUGUCUACUUUGGGCCGUGCUAGAGGAGUCGAGAUCGAGAUUGCGGGGCAGUCAAUGCCAGCAGACUUAGUCAUCAGUCCGGUGGAGCUGUAUGACGUUAUUCUCGGGAUGGACUGGUUGUCACACUACAGAGUUCAUCUGGAUUGCUACAGAGGUAGAGUGGUCUUCGAGCGAGAUGCAGGGAGGUUGGUUUAUCAGGGAGUGAGACCGACUUCCGGGAGUAUUGUGAUAUCUGCUAUUCAGGCCGAGCAGUUGUUAGAGCGGGGCUGUGAGGCGUAUCUGGCGACGAUUUCUAUGUCUGAGUCAGGAGCUGGAGUUGUUAUGGGAGAUAUUGAGGUUGUCCAGGAUUUUGAGGAUGUCUUUCAGUCACUGAAGGGAUUACCACCAUCUCGGUCUGAUCCUUUCACGAUUGAGUUAGAGCCGGGGACAGCACCGAUAUCGAAGACGCCUUACAGGAUGGCGCCAGCUGAGUUGGCAGAGCUGAAGAAGCAGAUAGAGGACCUUUUGUCUAAGGGAGGUCUUAACCGAGUCACUGUGAAGAACAGGUACCCACUCCCGAGGAUUGAUGAGUUGUUGGAUCAGUUGAGGGGUGCUACUUGGUUCUCCAAGAUUGACUUGGCAUCGGGGUAUCAUCAGAUCCCGAUAGAUGAGGCAGAUGUCAGGAAGACUGCUUUCAGGACGCGUUAUGGGCAUUUUGAGUUCGUGGUUAUGCCUUUCGGUUUGACUAACGCGCCGGCAGCCUUCAUGAGAUUGAUGAACGACGUGUUCAGGGAGUAUUUGGACGUGUUUGUCAUCAUUUUCAUUGACGAUAUUCUGGUAUACUCGAGGAGUCAGGAGGAGCAUGCGACUCACUUGAGGUUGGUUCUGGAGAAGCUUCGGGAGCAGAAGCUUUUCGCUAAGUUGAGCAAGUGCAGUUUCUGGCAGCGAA